CUGGAUAUGAAAUGAGGAGGAGCUGCAGGCUAAUGAAAUUCUAGUAGUACAGACGCAGCAGAUGGCUUUUUGCAGUGGUGGUUAUCAUCAUCAACACUGAAGCAACUCCAAGUAUAAUUCUGGACUCUGCUGCAACUUUUUAAUCCCUUAAUUCCUGAGCAAUGAUACAGGGUAAAACUUUUGGACCACAAUAUAAAUAAUCCUGAUAAACUACAGCUAUGGCAGCAACAUUUACUAACAGAAUCAUCUUGACCCAGUUCCUCGGGAAACACCAUGUUCCUGCAAGAAUUUGCCCCUGGAGAAGAGUUGGAGCUAGAUACUGUGUCUCCUUCCAACAGCAGAAGGUCCAGCCAUCCCACCAACAGACUGUUACCCCCCAAUGGGAUGUCCACUCUUACAUGCCAGAAUCAGUGGCCCUACCAAGUGUUCAGUCCUAUCAGGAUCUCCUGCAGCUGUCAGUGGAAGACUCAGAGAAUUUUUGGGGUGUGCUUGCCAGGGAAAGGCUGACAUGGGUGAGACCCUACCAGACCGUUAAGGAUUGUGACUUCACCCAAGGCAGGGUGAGAUGGUUCCUUGGUGGCCAACUCAACGUGUCUGUGAAUUGCCUAGACAAGCAUGUCCAUCAAUGCCCAGAAAGAGUUGCAUUAAUCUGGGAGAAGGAUGAACCUGGUACCCAUGUUAACAUCACAUACAGAGAGCUCCUAGAUAUGACAUGCCGGAUUGGUAACACACUGCGCAAAUUUGGAGUGCAGAAAGGAGACAGAGUGGCCAUUUAUAUGCCCGUGUCGCCGCUAGCCGUGGCUGCGAUGCUGGCGUGCGCCAGAAUCGGUGCUGUGCACACUGUGGUGUUUGCUGGAUUCAGCGCCGAAUCUUUGGCAGGAAGAAUCAAUGACGCCAGCUGCAAAGCAGUGAUCACAUUCAAUCAGGGAGUAAGAGGUGGACGCCUAAUAGAGCUGAAAAAGACUGUGGAUGAAGCUGUCAAAAGUUGCCCUUCCAUCAAGCAUGUAUUUGUAGCACAGAGGACCGACAACAAAGUCCACAUGGGUAAUCUUGACAUACCUCUUGAAGAAGAGAUGGCCAGGGCAGAUUCUGUCUGUACUCCGGAAACGAUGAACAGUGAAGACAUGCUUUUUAUGCUGUACACCUCGGGCAGCACCGGGAAGCCUAAAGGCAUUGUACAUACCCAGGCAGGAUACCUACUGUAUGCUGCAUUAACACACAAGUAUGUGUUUGACUAUAAACAAGGAGAUGUAUUUAGCUGUGUGGCAGACAUUGGCUGGAUAACUGGACACAGCUAUGUGGUGUACGGCCCUCUAUUUAACGGAGCAACCACUGUACUGUUUGAGAGCACGCCAAUAUAUCCCAACCCCGGUAGAUAUUGGGAAACUGUCGAGCGGUUGAAGAUUAAUCAGUUUUAUGGCGCUCCGACUGCAAUUCGCCUGCUGCUUAAAUAUGGAGAUGAAUGGGUGAAGAAAUAUGAUAGAUCUUCCUUAAACAUGCUAGGAUCUGUUGGUGAACCAAUCAACCAUGAAGCCUGGGAGUGGUUUUACAACGUGGUGGGGGAGAAGAGAUGUACUCUUGUGGACACUUGGUGGCAAACAGAAACUGGUGGGAUCUGUAUCUCUCCCCGUCCAUCCGAAAAAGAUGCAGAGGUCAUCCCAGCCAUGGCCAUGAGACCUUUCUUUGGAAUUCAACCCAUUCUUCUGGAUGAGAAUGGCAAGGUUAUUCACGGUGGAGAUGUUUCGGGAGCCCUGUGUAUCGCACAGCCAUGGCCUGGCAUGGCAAGAACAAUAUAUGGAGAUCACCAAAGAUUUUAUGAUGCUUACUUCAAAGCUUAUCCAGGCUUUUAUUUCACUGGGGACGGAGCUCACAGGUCGAGUGAAGGCUAUUACCAGAUAACGGGUCGAAUGGACGACGUCAUAAAUAUUAGCGGGCACCGCUUGGGCACGGCAGAAAUUGAAGAUGCUAUGGAUGAGCACCCCAAUGUCCCAGAAACUGCUGUCAUAGGGUUUCCACAUGACCUCAAAGGAGAAGCCGCGUUUGCUUUUGUUGUGUUGAAAGACAACCUGGAUAGUCCUGAACAAGCAAUCAAAGAAGAGCUCAAAACUAUAGUAGCGACAAAAAUUGCAAAGUAUGCUAUUCCUGAUCACAUCCUGAUUGUGAAACGUCUUCCUAAAACACGUUCCGGGAAAAUCAUGCGGCGAGUGCUGAGAAAGAUUGCCACUGAUCAAACGGAUGACCUGGGUGAUAUAACCACACUGGAGGAUCCAAAUAUUGUUACAGAAAUACUGGAGGCACACCAGAAAUACAAGACAGAGCAACUUAGCAAAUAACAAACUGUAGCCUUCUAUUUGUAUAUAUAUUAAAAAAAGAAUGGAUUAGGUAGG